AUGUCUGUGGCUACUGCAAUUGAUCCACUUACUGUGGGCCAAGUCAUAGUUGAUGUUGUCAAUAUGUUUGUUCCUACUAUCACCAUAUCUGUUUACUUCGAAACAGAUGAUAUCACAGACACCAACGGUUGUGAAAUUAAGCCUUCUAUGGCUAUCAAUCACCCUAAACCUAGAGUUGAAAUUGGAGGCAAUGACCUAAGAAAACUUUACACACUCGUAAUGGUCGACCCUGAUGCUCCAAAUCCUUGUGAUCCCACCAUGAGAGAGUAUUUGCACUGGCUGGUCGUUGAUAUCCCAGAAGGAACUGACGCAACUUUCGGCCAGGAGAUAACAAGCUACGAGGGUCCGAGUCCAACAAUUGUUGGGAUUCACAGGUAUGUCUUCGUGUUGUUCCGGCAAUCUGGCAGACAGACGACUGGUGCUCCGGGCUGGCGCCAGAAUUUCUGCACCAGAGACUUCGCUGAGAUCUACAAUCUUGGACUGCCGGUUGCUGCCACUUACUUCAACGGCCAGAGGGAGGGCGGUUGGGGAGGAAGAAGAUGGUAA